ACAGUGACCAGAGGAGUGUCAUGGGAAUGUUUCCAGCCGUUUAAGCGCUUUUGUAACAUCAUGGCACAGCCAGGUUACGGGUACCCACCGCCUGUGGAAAGUAACCCUCAACUUCAAGGAGGUUAUCAACCACCUCAAGGAGGUUAUCCACCGCUUCAAGGUGGUUAUCCACCACCUCAAGGUGGUUAUCCCCCACCACAAGCAGGUUAUCCACCGCCGGCGCAACCUGGAUAUGCUCCUACUCAACCUGGCUAUGCACCGCCUGUUAGCCAACAACCUGGAUUUGCAGCCCCAGCUCCUGCAGGUUAUGGACAAAUGCAAUGGAUGCCUCCUCCCCCAGUUCCAGCGAACUGUCCUCCAGGACUGGAAUAUCUAACCCAAAUAGAUCAACUUUUAAUAAAACAGCAAGUCGAACUCCUAGAAGCUUUCACUGGCUUUGAAACCAACAACAAAUACAAGAUUUUGAACAGCAUGGGACAGCAGGUGUUUUUCGCAGCGGAAGAUACUGAUUGCUGUACACGACAGUGUUGUGGCCCAGGAAGACCUUUUGAAAUGAAAAUCCUGGACAAUCAUGAGCAGGAAAUUGUGCAUUUGACUCGUCCUCUGCGUUGUCAGUCUUGCUUAUUUCCUUGUUGUCUUCAAGAGAUUGAAGUGCAAUCACCACCUGGGACAGUCCUUGGCUACUGUGCUCAGGAAUGGUCAAUAUGCAUUCCUAAGUUUACAAUCCAGAAUGCUGACAGAGAAACAAUCCUGAGAAUUGAAGGACCCUUCUGCCAGUGCAGUCUCUGUGGAGAUGUUGACUUUCAGGUGCUCUCUGCAGAUGGCCAGAAUCAGGUUGGAAGAAUUUCUAAACAGUGGACUGGUUUGGUAAAGGAGGCGUUUACUGACGCAGACAACUUUGGUAUCACAUUUCCUAUGGACCUUGAUGUGAAAAUGAAGGCUGUUGUACUUGGUGCUUGUUUUCUCAUUGAUUUCAUGUUCUUUGAGCAAGCACAGAACCAGGAUAAUAGCAGUUAUUAAUCAGUACCACCAGAAAAGUUUAUCAAGUUUAGCAGGGAAGGAACCAGAAAAGAGCAUGUAUACGUAAUGUUUUGCAGGAGUGCAGAGAAAUUUAUUGCUAUAUAGAGAUUGUCAAUGACAUGGGCAAUCCAGCCUUUCACUGAAGCUGUGUACCUUUUUUUUUCUUUUUUUUUUAACGAACGGUUUCAACAACCGUUUUGUCGCACAAGGCUGUUUCCUUGGGGUGGUGUGAUAUCACGCAAGUGUCAUAGAUAGGCAUCAUAUCACGCUCUUCGUAAAAUCCCGACGAGAUCAAUAUUUCAGUUUUUUUUGUUUUUGUUUACAAGGUUAUAGUCGUUCGUGGUUGACACUCAUUGAUUUUGAUGUUUUCAUUUGACUAAGUUUUUUAACAACCCGGAGAAGUAAUUGAAAGAAAGGGCUGUCUUGAAACUGAAAGACUGCCUCGAGACUGCCGUUUCGGACAGUUGCUAAUGGAAAUUUGACCCCCUAAAGAUAUGUGCAUGUCUGAAAACAUAAUGAUUGUGAUUACCGCUGAUCGUUGACAAAACAUAGUUUGUUGCUGGAGUAAAGUAUUCUCAGGUAUAAAUUUUUAUCGUUCUCCUUUGAGGCCGUUCAUCGGCAAGUUGCAUUAUUCUUCCUUUAAAACAGGCGCGGUGUUUACGUUGCGUGACUUCCUGGGCUCAGUUGCGUUAAGGGCGGAUAACGCCAUCCAACGAAUAAAUCGCUAUCCAGCGGAUAAGUGAUAGAAAAACGUAUAUCGUUAUUCACCGGAUAGAGAUUUAUCCAGUGGAUAGCGUUAUCCGAUCUUCGAACAACCGGGGCCUGGAGAACGGAUGCUAAGGAGAUUAUCGUCAUUAGGAUGCAGACGCCGCUUUUACCUAACGUUUCUCAAGUACCAUAUCAAGUAAGCUAGGUCAACACAGUUUGCGUUAUUUUUUAUAUCGUACGAAUGUAUGUUUAACUUGAUAAACAAUGUUAAACAUUAGUCCAGUGAGCUGGAAAAAGGAUGAGGGACUGAUAAGCCAAUUAUGAACAAGGCUCCUUAAAGAUUGGAAAGAUAUAAACGGGAUGCCAGAAGACGCUCUUGAUAAACUUGGCCUUCGUAUUUUAUGAUACUCAGCAUGCGAUUUUUCUCACUUUAUUUGGAUACAUUUAAUUUGAAAUUGAAAUAAAGUUUAUGAGGUUAAUUACUUUUA